UGUAUACUGUUAUUUUUUUACGCGGGAUAUAAAAGCCUCCGAUAAUCGUAUGACUAAUUCAGUUGGGUGCUUACGAACAAUUAGAUAACCGUUAAAUGAAUCCUUAAUGUGUCUUGCAUACAGCUUAUACUUAAAGCUGAGCCCACGUGUAGGGAAGGGGGCGGAGAGAACAAAAUUAGAAAGAAAAACAACCGUAUAAGAUUUUCAUUUGUGAACUUAUUGAUCCAGUAUUUUGAAAGGCGUUACCGAGCGAGGACGCAAUACGCGAACCGUUGUGAAAAUUCAUCAUAACUUUUCUACUAGUAUUGGAUUUUCGGAUAUCUCCGGAAUUUUCAUUCAUCCAUCGACCGAUAUUGAGAGAGCUUACGGCCCGUGUGUUUGAACCACUCAAAUCCCUGUUCGUGCCUCGGUGGUUUAAAGUGACUUCUAAACCCCCUUUUCCUGUGUGUGCAUUUUUUAAUUCUCUCAGUUUUCAAGUGACACUGGUAUAUUACCGUUCAUUCAACUGGGACUAUUAGAUACAGUUUCUACUAUAUAAUAACAUUAGGAUAUGUGAUAAUGCCUGUUCCGAAUUGCCCACGAGAUCCAUCAGGGAAAAACAUAACAUGUCCUCACCAACAGAGCAAUAUUUACUGCAGUUCUAUACACCAAGGGAUUGUGCAGGACUGUACAAAUAGCGACAUAGCGGGGGGAUGGGUGUCAUGUAUGGACAUCGAUCAAAGCUGUGGGAUUAAUGAUUACUGGAUUAACAAGGACAUUGUUUAUGUCAAGGACGGAUGCGGAGGCCGCAUUCACCUCUGCUACACAAGAGAUGCCCCCGCCACAGAAAUCAAAGACCGGACGAUGGAAUGUCGUCAUUGGAACUCCUCGUACAAAGUGUGCAAGGUGCAAGAUGCGCAGAAAGUACAGACCAUCGAGAAAAUCGCUCAGUUCCCGAUCACUUCCGGGUCACAGUGCAGCAGGGGAAUUGACUUCGGGAUCAUAGAGGAUUCCAUUUGGAUCAACAAUGGAUGCAAUGGAAUUUACAAAGUGGGAUACUAUACAGACAAACCAGCAAGUGUUAACCCGCCGACACCGGCGCCAAGUUCGACAACUCCUACCAUUGCAAAGACGACAAAAUUCCCGGGCGGAAACAUCCAGAAGAACGUCACCACCACCACGCCCAAAAGCAUUUGGGAUUUCACCCCGACCCCCAAAGUUGGCACCACCACCCCCACCGACCCAAUCACCCAAGCCCCCACGGGGAACAUCUGGAGUGACGGUUUGAUGGGGAUAACGGUGGGAAUUCUUUGCGGGGUUUUCCUGAUGUUUCUGCUGACCUGCCUCGCCAUCCUGUGGUUUGUUAGAAGGUACAGAGUAGAACGCCGGAUGUUGGACAACGAAAAGAAAACCAAGAAUACAUAUCAGAGAGAUGAAGCAUUCGUGGAUGAUGGGCGCCAUUAUGAAGAAAUUCAUCCCAGGGAAACUGCAUACGAAGCACAACCAUUCCUCUCAUCUCCUAACGGACUUCCGGGACAAAAACAGAUGAACGGGUCGUUUUCAGAGCCGAAUAAUAACCCUUCAAACAACCGUGUUCCUCCGCUGGGGGAGAACUAUUUCAUUCUGGAGCCGUCUCAAAGAGGGACAAAUGCACCUAGUCAAAACAUGAUCCCCAUGCAUCCGAGUGGCAUGGAAACUUAUCAUCCGAGUAUUCACGGAUUUAUUCCGUAUAUGCCCGGUCAUCAUUUUUUAGUUCAGGGACCGAGUCCCCAUCACCAAGCGGUGCAGUCACAACACCCAACGGUGCCCCCUGCUCAUCUCAUUCCACUGAGGGAGAAAUAUAUUAUUUCCGAUCAAAGAUCGUUGGAGUCUCCGACUGGAAUGGUGCGAUAUCCGGAUCGAAAUAACACGAUUGGGUCGUGCCAGGUGUCCGGGUUUCGUCACAGUCCAGUGAGUUUUACCCAGGACCGACCUGGUCAGUUUUCUCUUGAUCGCAGACAGAACAUGCCAUAUGUCCAACGAUCAACUAGUGUCUGUAGUCAAACGACGCUUCCCGAACAUGGCGGAGGCGGAGAGGAAGAGGGUUAUGACAGAAUAGAGGACUUCCGGCAGUCCAUUCGAGCACCCUCGGAGAAGAGCGGUACCGGUAGUCACCAUUAUGAUCAAGUGCAAUUGACAGAAUCCCCUUCACAUGGGAGUGAAAGUCGAUCUCAGUCCACGAAAUCCACACAGGACAGCUCCACUUCCUGUUAGCCUCUCUUUCGAUAUUUAACAUACAGUGACAUCUAGCGUUGUAUGCGUAAUUCCUUUUAAAAGGGACCAAUUUGAAACCCAAUCACGUGUGCUACAAGUUUAAUUUUUUGUGAUCUUGCCUUGACAUGAAGAUGGAAUUAUAUGAACUACAUGUAGCUAAUAUUUCGUUUACUUAAAUACAAUGAACUCGAAUUUUAACGAGUUAUCCCUUGAGUAGUUUACUCCCCAAAUGAAAUCCAGAUGAAAUGGUGCUUUUUGAUGUGAUUUUAGUUUUUAUUUAACAUUGGAGUUGUGUUGCCUUAACUUUUAUUUUCUCUUGUAUGAAUCUAAUUCGUUUGUCCCAUUUUUAUACUUCUACUAUAGACUAUUUAAUGUUUUAAAAUCGCAAACAAAGGAAUUUUCAUCAAUAAUUAAAAGAAAAUCAUGGUAUUUAAGAAAAAAUCUUUAGGGAGGGCUUUGAGAUUUUCUUUAACCUAGAACAACAUGCAUUUAUAUUGAUUGAACUUAUUCAGCAUUAUUAUUAUAGUGAGCAUUUAUUUAUUUAUAAUUGUUGAAACAUGAUUAUUAUUAUCAUCGUUGAAAUUUAUUUUGAUUUUUAGUUUGUUAUAAGCUUUAUAAAUUUACACACUUUUAUACAAUGAAACAAGUAAUCGUCUAUUCUAUAUGGCAUACCGGUAUAACAGCAUUUGUAUUACCAUAAAUAUUUUUAUUUUAUAAUGUUUUUAUCGAUUUUACAGCCAUUGCUUUAUCAUCCCAUCAUUGUCAAAAACUGCAAAAACGAGACAAUUUUCUAACCCCCCCCCCCUUUGCACAAUUAAACAAUGGGCACUUCUUGGUCAGAUCCAAUUUUUUGUUAGGUUGAAAUGAAAAAAAAUAUUUUGCUACAUAUAUUGUCCAUUCACAAAUUACCAUUAUACAGAUGAGUUUGAAUUCAAGUGUGUGCACACGUGUGUAAAUAUGUUUGGGCAUGUAUCUGUCUGAGUACAAGUGUGUGUGUUUGCGUACAUGUGAGAAUCGAUAGACGCCUUAACUAAAUACUUUCACAGAGACUAAUUAAUUAAGCGGAAAAAGUGAAAUGUGCAAUUUGAUUUUUGUUAUUGACUGACAGCUGAAAAACUAAACUUUUAAAAAAAAUGCAUAUAGUUGGUGAAUUAUCGGUGAAAAUGGUAAAUGAAACAUCCCUGUGUUAUAGUAUUAUUCAUUCUAUAGAGCAUUGGAAGUUUGCUUUUUGUCCCCUUAAUUUUUUUUUUGAGUUUCAGAAAAACAAAAAUAAGAAUGACCAAGUAUUACAUUUUCAUGUACUGGUACUGGGGUUAUCAAGUCAUACUGCAUUAAUUGUGUGAUGCCAAUAGAAUUUUAAAAUGUUCUGUAGAAAAAUAUUCCGCUGCAUUUUUUUACGCUUGUCAAUCUAAUUCAAUAGACCUAUUGACUGGGUCUAAUGUGUGUUUUUAUUUGUGAUACAUGCAUAAUACAAUAAAAGAAAUUUACACUUAAA